AUGAAAGAACCAUUGACUGAAGAUCCGAAUGCUGUGUCGACAUUUGCGAACACUGUUGUGCGGCAAACAAAAACAGUUCUAUGUAAAUGUAAAAUUUGUGGAGCAUCUGCACGUUAUUCUUAUUAUGGUGCUAUUGUAUGUCAUUCAUGUAAAAUGUUUUUUAAACGAAAUGCAGAAAAUCAAAAGUCAACAUUACAAUGUUCAUCUGGGAAUAAGUGUGUUAUUACCAUGAAUAAUCGUCAUGCAUGUGCUUCAUGUCGACUCCGAAAAUGUUUAAUAAAUGGAAUGCGUAUUGAAAUGAUUCGAUCAUCUCGAUGCAAGAAAAAUAAGAGAAAUGAAAAAAGAAAAUUGAUUAUUAAUUCAAUACCAUUAACGUCAACAACAUCAGUGACACCGGACAAAAAAUAUCCAUUUGAUCAAGCUCCAACAUUAAAUCUCUUAAAAUUCGAUCAAGCAACAUUAAGUAUGGAUCAAUGGAAUCUUUUAUCAAAUUUAGUUCAUCGUUUCGAUGAAAAUAGUGGAUAUGCAUUUGUCGAACGUUUUCUGGAAGAACAAAAUCGACUACCUCUCAAAUUACGAUUUAAACAUUCAUCAGUUCAGCAUUUUUUUAUAUCACUGUUGAGUAAAGUUCAACUUGUAUUCGAGAAAAAUCGUGAUUGUCUCUUAUUAUCUCAACAUGAUCGUACGAUUUUACUUGAAAGUACAGUAGAAUAUACAGCAACUAUUGGUGGAAUGUUUCUUUUAUGUCAAGCAAGGUUAUUAGACGAUUUGUCUUUCGUAAAGUCUGCUGAAAUGAUAUUUCAACCAUCUGCGAUUGUUUGUAUUAAACGUGUUAUUGAUCGAUUUGAUUCUGACGUUACAUUUAUUAAAUUAAUACUUGCAAUUCUUGCUUUUUCGACAAUUAGCUAUACUGUUUAUAGAAAAAAUACUCAAUCUAAUUUAACAAAUAUCAAAGCAAUUUUAUCUAUUCAAGAUAUGUAUACAGAUUUAGCAUGGCGAUAUCUUUUAUAUAAGUAUGGCCAUCAUCAAGCUGUGAUACGUUUUUCAAAUCUUCUACGAUGUCUUUUUUCUGUAAGUGAGGUCAUUGUCGAAGCACAUGAAGCACAGCAAUUUACAGAUAUCAUUGAUUAUGUUGUUGAACAAACUGAAGAAGCGCUUUUUGAUUAA